AUGGUCCUGAAGGCACCCCGCUGUGUUCUGCUGGUGGUGGUCUGCCUCACCUUCCUGGUCUUCUUGGAGACUGUCAGUGGGGCCACUUACCGCCAGUUCAAGCAGCGGCACAUUGACAACGGCCAGCCACCAUCCAAUGCUCGCACCUACUGGAAUCAGAUGAUGCAGCGAAGGGGCAUGACUCAUCCUGUAUGUAAGCCAACCAACACCUUCAUCCAUUCAAGCGACAGACAAGUCCGAGGCAUCUGUGGCGCAGGAGGGAGGCCAGUUUUUGGCAACACUUAUCAGAGCAGACACCCCUUCAGAAUCACCACUUGCCGGGUCAUCCCAGGCUCUCGCCCACCCAGAUGCAACUACAGGGGCCAUACUGUGACCCGGAAUAUCCGGGUAUCUUGCGUGAGGCGCCUACCUGUGUAUUUUGCCGGAAUCGUCUAA